ACUAUAUAUAUACAACUAUACUCACACAACUAUUUACAGGGGUCACCACUGUCCAGUUGCCAGACCGUGUCGUCGCCCAGAUGGGGCAGAAGCAGGUCGGGUCAGUGACCUCAGCGGAGAGGGGGACCCUGGUCACAGUUGCCCUGGCAGGCAAUGCUCAGGGCGACCUUGUUCCGCCAUUCUUCAUCUUCCCCCGUAAGCGGUUCAAAGACCACUUCCUGAGGGGUGGACCCGUUGGCUUUGCUGGCAGCGGCAACCCAACUGGCUGGAUGAAGGAGCCAGACUUCCUCCUGUACCUGGCCCACUUCACCAGUCACACCCGUGUGUCCAAGGAGUCGAAGCUGCUCCUCCUGCUGGACAAUCACACGUCCCACCUGUCAAUUGCAGCAAUUGAUUACUGCAGAGCCAAUGGCAUAGUGCUGCUGUCAUUCCCUCCCCACUGCACCCACAGGUUGCAGCCAAUGGACAUUAGUGUCUUCGGCCCCCUUAAGGGGUACGUAAACAGUGCGGCGGACAGGUGGAUGAGGAGCCACCCAGGGAUAAACAUCUCAAUUUAUGAUGUGCCCUCCAUCGUUGCUGAAGCCUUACCAAAGGCUGCAACAGUGAACAACAUUACCUCCGGGUUCUCAAGUCCAGGGAUCUGGCCUUUUAACCCCUCUGCAUUUGAGGAAAAGGACUUCGCCGGAGCCUAUUCAACAGACCGUCCUCCCCAGGCUUCGGGUGACGAGGUCAGCGGUUCUCCAGGUGCCACUUCAGGUAGGAACACUGAUCGAGCUGCCGGGCCUGACGAAGCUGUCCGGCCUGAGGGAGAGGCUGUUGAAUUCAGCCCGGACAUCGUCCGGCCUUACCCUAAGGCCGGACCUAGAAAGAUCACAAAGAGAAGAGGGAGAAAGAGGCAAGUGGAGUUACUCUUGCAUCUCAUAUCUUGUCUGGACUUCCUUUGUCUACAGUCAUGUAGACCUACCACAUUUAAAGUAAUUCAAUUAUCAUUAAAACGUCCAAUUUAA